AUGGGAGAAGGCGAUAAUUUUGCGGUGCCGGCGCCGCCCAAACAGUUUGGAUCGCUUGCGAACGCAGAAAGUGUCAAAUCGAUUUUGGUGAGCUUUAAAAGAUGACAUUCUAUAAAAAUAACGGUCGAAAAACCAUUGAAUAAUUAAAUUUUAAUCAAAUUUGCCCCGAACCGACGACAAAAUUGCAGAAUGAUACGCAAAAAAGUCACGGACCGACAGUUUCGCUCGAAAGAAUGGAAGUGAGCAAUUUGGCGGAUUCACGACACGACGCCGAGAUGUUCGCCGAGUUUGAGCGCCGGAAAAGAGCCAGAACGCUCACGCUGCCCACAGAUGACGUCCAGGUUUCCUAAAUCUUUCUUAACCCGAAAAGUGUGAAUUAAUUGCAGGUAAAACUCAAAUUGCGUGCCCUGAAUCAGCCGAUUUGCCUGUUCGGAGAAGAUGCGCUGGACAGAAGAGAACGGCUCCGCGCACUGCUCUCCACGAUGUCCGAGGACGAAAUCGCCGCCGUUUUGCACACUGAUGAGGUUGGGUCUAUUCAGAACUCGGGGCGCACUUCUCAGGGUGAAUAGGUCUGUAAUAGGACUAUCAUAUGCGAAUUCGAGAAGGUUCGCGAUAGAUCUGUUGUAGGCAAUUGCUCCUCGCGAUUGGUUUAUGAUCGACAUAUCAGAGGCCCGAUCACCUGUGGACUGAAAAAAUCAUUGCAGGUAAAUGCGGAUAAAGCAGACGAGGAGACGGUGACGUGGUACCAUCGGGGACCGGCCGAACUCCGAAACGCCCGAAUCGCCAUCGCGGAUUUUUCGCUGAGAAAAGCCAAAUUGAGGUACGCUUUUUCUAUUGCAUGUACCAGGCAUCCUAGUGGGUUCAAAUGAGCGGAAACUGAACGACUAUGACCAAACGAAGUAAUUUAGACACUUGGGGCAACUUGACAACCUAUUACAGUCCGGGUAAAUUAAGCAGCCUGAUGGGUGCCAAAUUUGUUUUUCAAACCAACUCAAAACACAUAUGAAGCCGAAAAUUUGCAGAUUAGAAGAAGCACGAGCGGAAGCGGCCCGUCCGUCUCACGAAAAAGCUCUGGCGCGGCAGGAAGUGCACAAACGCGUUCAACAAUUCAAUUUGGCCGGAUCGCAGACCGCCGACACCCGUCCUGUCGCAUUUUGCGAAUUUUCCGCCGAUUCUCAGCACAUUGGUACGGUCUUGGGAUUAAAAGAAAAUAUCUUUUUGAAAAACCAUUUUGUGCCCUUUUCUUGAGCUAUCAGGAAACUGUACAAAUGAUUUUUUUAAUAGCGAGACUAGAACAAAUACGAUUUUCGAGCAUUUGUACGUUGCUGCACGUUGAAAACUAAGGAAAGUCUGAAAAAGUGCCCAAUAAUUUGCAGUGACUGCCGGCUGGUCGGGUUCUGUGGCGGUGUGGAAGCGGGAGACGAGUGGACAGGAGCUGAAGUACACGGGACACUCUUCGCAGGCGGGAUGCGCCCGAUUCCACCCCGGCGCAUUCACGAGCCAGGACAAAAACGCACUGAACGUCGUCUCCGGAGCAUAUGACGGUCGGUUUCAUUUUUUUCGAACUGAAUGAUUUUCCAUUUUGCAGGCACCGUCCUCCUGUGGUCGCUGUCCCAGGAGACGCCGAUUGGCGAAUUGGAGCAGCAUCCGCAGAGAGUCUCCAAAGUGGCAUUCCAUCCGAACGGACUGCAUCUCGCCACUGCUUGGUACGUCUUUUUGAGAGGACUUUUUGCCAGGAAAAUUGAAUGGUCCUUCGGAACCACCCCCACAAUUGUUAUAAUAUUGCAGUUUCGACUCGACGUGGCGCAUGUACGACCUGACGACGCGGAAGGAGUUGCUCUUUCAGGAGGGGCACUCGAAAAGCGUCGCCGACGUGGCAUUCCAUCCGGACGGAUCGGUGGCGCUCACGGCCGGACACGACUGUUACGGACGUGUCUGGGACAUGCGCACCGGCCGAUGCAUCAUGUUUUUGGACGGACACACCAAGGAAAUCCACACGGUCGAGUGGAUGCCCAACGGGUAAAAAAUUGGCAUUUGUUGGGACAUUUUGCGAGAAAAAGAAACAAAACCUAACAGUGAGCACACUUCGAGCAUUCGAAAUUGUCAAAUGGAUAGAAUGGAAGGAGACCAAAUUUUUAUGCAAAGUGUCGAAACACGUAAUUCAAACAAAACAAUUUUCAGAUAGAUUGACGAUUUCUUUUUCGCAAACAAAUCUGCCGUGAUUUGCAGGUACGAGAUGAUGUCGGGCAGUUCGGACAAUUCGAUGAAAGUGUGGGACCUGCGAAUGCGCCGCAACACGUACACAAUGCCGGCGCACACGUCCGUCGUCACGCGCAUCCGGGCGGCCUCCAACGGGCAGUACAUGGUCUCCGCCAGCUUCGACUGCACUCUCAAAAUGUGGUCGACCACCGGAUGGCAGCCGCUCAGACAGCUUCAGGUUGGACAGAUUUUCAAAUUCUUUUUAUUGAAAACGAGUUUUUGUUUGAUAUGUUCCAACUCUACAGAAACAGAUUAUGGUGGAUUACUGUAAAAACCAAUUUUUAAAAUCUUCUCCGCCGUCUCCUCUAAAAAAUGCCUUAAUUUCAGGGCCACGACACACGAAUUCUGUGUGUGGAUAUCAGUCCGGACGGCCAAUGGAUGUGCUCAUCGGCCUUUGAUCGCACUUUUAAAUUGUGGACUCAAUCUGAAUAUUAA